UUGCCUUGCGUACAAAUGAUUCCUCUGUUUUGGUUCGCCGAAAGCCGAAAGGCGAAAACCGAAAAUAGUAAAAAACACAGUAAACGAGCGAGUAGACUCAAGCGUGGAACGUUGUUGAGUUAUUACUAAAAAAUAGCUGUUUUUUGUUACUCGCGUCUACACAUGUGCUGAAUUAUUGUGCCGGAUAAAUAAAUUAAACAAGAAUCCACAAUAAGAAAGUGUGGCCUCGAUGAGAACAACCGAUUUGAAGCAGUCGUGGGUGAAUAAGAUAUACUCGAUAUAAAGAUGAUUGAAGAUCCAGUUGAAGAUGGACAACCACACGCACCUUUGGUCAAAAUUUCGGAAGUGGCACCUAGUGUGGAAAGUCUCAAAGACUCUCUUCCAGAAACGGAUAAUUUUAACAAUUCUACUCUUCGAAUAGAUCAUCUAUAUCAACGAAGAGAGUCCAUUCUUUCUUCUGAGAUUAGUUUGUUCAUUGAGAAGACUGGUCAGAAGAUUCCUGAUGGAGGGUGGGGGUGGCUUGUGGUGCUGGCUUCUUUUGUAAUUAACAUGUUAUCAGAUGGCGUUGGAUUCACGUUUGGAUUGUUGUAUAAAGAGUUUUUGAUCGAAUUUGGUGCUUCCAAGUCAGCUACCUCGUGGAUAGGAAGUCUCUUUAUGUCGCUGCCAUUGAUUGCAGGUCCAAUUGGCAGCGCUCUCGUCGACAAAUACGGAUGCAUGUCAAUGACAAUCAUCGGAGGGAUCAUUUGCACUAUUGGUCUUGCUCUCAGCUCGUAUGCCCGCACCAUAGGGGUAAUGUAUUUAACCUUUGGAGUCAUCGGCGGCCUAGGACUUACUUUAUGUUUUGUAACAGCGGUAGUCUCGAUAGCCUUUUGGUUCGAGAAGAAGAGAACUAUAGCUCUGGGACUGGCUGCCAGCGGAACUGGAUUCGGUACGGCAGUUUAUUCCCCUCUGGCUACCUGGCUUCUCUUUGAGUACGGCUGGAGAGGAACGCUGUUGAUUACUGCUGGAUUUUUUGCCAAUAUGUGUGUUUGCGGUGCGUUAAUGAGAGAUCCAGACUGGAUAAUUGAAGAAGAAAGGGAAGAGAAGAAGCUAAAAAAAGAGAGAAGGAAAAAGUCGAGUGCUUCUUCAAUUGAUACAGAAUGUCUCGAAGAAAUCAAACAUGUCCUUGAAGAGGGAGGCGACACGCAAUAUUUGCUUCAAGACGUCGACGCCACUUUAGAUUUAAGCGAUAAGGAUAGAUUUAAUUCAGUUGUUGAUUUACCUACGUUCGUUAGAGAAAACGAAAAAGUUCCGUUAGAAGUAUUAAAACAUUUAAGCGAAAAUAAACAAUUAUACAGUAUUAUUGUAGACAAUUACCCAAAUUUAUUAUCAGGUCGCAGUUCGUCAGACAGAGAAUUAAACAUUUCUUACAUGGCAAAUCGACAUACGUCUAGAGUUCCCGUAAGACUUUCCAUGAAAGUAAAAAUUCCUGAAGAACAUGACCCCAAUAAACCUGAAUCGAAUACGCCUCUUUUACAGCGACCCUCAAAAAAUUUUUCCGAAUACUCAAACCCUGCAAGUGAAGCUGUCAAAUCUACUGAUAGUAAAACGGAGGUUGGAAGACCUUCAAAAAAUUUAUCUGAAGUAUCCAAGUCUACAGAUACUAAAAUGGUGACUGAGAGACCGUCAAAAAAUUUAUCUGAAUAUUCAAAGCCUGCAAGUGAGGCACCCAAAUCUAUGGAUACUAAAACUGACGCUGUAUCACCUACUGCUAACAAGGCCACUCAACUCCUUAGAAGUUUAUCUGUUAAAGCUAAGACUCAAAUCCAACCCCAGUCUUAUUUGAAAAAUGUUAGAUUUAGGAAGAACUCUAUCGGUUACAGAGGUGCGAUGUUGAAUAUCCAUAAAUACAAAGCUAAAGCUACGAGCUGUCCAGAUAUAUAUAAAAAUUCCAUGGCAACUUUAUUUAGAGAAGACGAGAAUUGGUACGACGAGUUUUUGGAUAUUCUGAAAGAUUUGACCAAUUUUUCCCUCUUCUUGGAUUUGCACUUCUUCAUACUGUCAUUGUCUACAGUAAUAGUGGAUAUGUGGUACGUGGUACCGUAUUAUUAUUUGGCAGAACAUAUGACGCGCCAUGGAUACAGUGACAAUGAGGCUGCGUUUGUAAUUUCUGUUAUUGGUAUUACGAAUACCAUUGGAAUGGUACUACUUGGGGCUGUUGGAAAUAGACUAAAUAUUGCAAAAUCAUAUGCAAUUUGCUUAGUUCUUUGUGGAGUAAGCAUUGGCUGUAUGAUUUUAGUUACACCCAGCUAUAUUUUGUUAUUAGUAUCCGGAGGAUGCUUUGGUCUAUUUUUCGCCAGUUCUAUGUGCCUUACUCCUUCGUUAUUAGCAGAAUUGGUAUCAUUAGAUGAUUUUACGAUGGCAUACGGGCUCCUUUUGUUGUCACAAGGAGUUGGAACUCUUAUAGGACCACCCUUGGCAGGAUGGCUCUUUGAUUUCACUGGUUCCUGGGAUCAAUCCUUCUAUCAGGCUUGCAUUUGGAUCAUAGUAUCCGGUCUUCUGGUGGGAAUUAUCCCAUAUACAAAAAAUAGAAGAAUAGGCAAGAGAAGUUAGAUGAGAUUUUGUACUAAAACUUUUGUAAACUCAUGAAAUUAAUAAAAGUUUAUAUGUA